AUGAGCAGUAGAAAUUCUCAACGUAAGCCGGUUUUCAAUGUCGGGGAAAAUUAUGAAGUUAUAGACGUAGUCGGUGAAGGCGCAUAUGGGAUUGUUUGUUCUGCCAUUCACAAACCAACUGGCCAAAAAGUAGCAAUCAAAAAAAUAACUCCCUUUGACCAUUCUAUGUUUUGUCUCCGCACACUUAGAGAAAUUAAGCUAUUACGUUAUUUUAACCACGAAAAUAUUAUCGCUAUCCUAGAUAUUGUAAAACCAGAAAGUUUGGACAAAUUUACUGAAGUUUACCUCAUCCAAGAAUUAAUGGAAACAGACAUGCAUCGUGUCAUUCGUACCCAAGAUUUAAGUGACGAUCAUUGUCAAUAUUUUAUUUACCAAACUCUACGUGCCCUGAAAGCUAUGCAUUCUGCAAACGUUCUUCAUCGUGAUCUUAAGCCAAGUAAUUUAUUGCUUAAUGCGAAUUGCGAUUUGAAGGUUUGCGAUUUCGGUCUUGCCAGAAAUGCCAAUUCAAGUGACGAACACAGUGGCUUUAUGACUGAAUACGUUGCUACCAGAUGGUAUCGUGCUCCUGAAAUUAUGCUGACAUUUAAAGAGUAUACAAAAGCCAUUGAUGUAUGGUCAGUUGGUUGUAUCUUAGCCGAAAUGUUGAAUGGAAAGCCGUUGUUUCCAGGAAGGGAUUAUCAUCAUCAACUCACUUUAAUUCUCGAUGUUCUCGGUACACCAACAAUGGAAGACUUUUAUGGCAUCAAAAGUAGAAGGGCUCGCGAUUACAUCCGAUCACUUCCCUUUAAGAAACGAAUUCCAAUUUCUCAUAUGUUUCCGAAUGCAAAUCCAUUAGCACUUGAUAUGUUGGAAAAGUUGCUGGCUUUCAAUCCCUCAAAGAGAAUUACCGUUGAAGAAGCUUUAAAGCAUCCUUAUUUGGAACCCUACCAUGAUCCUGACGAUGAGCCAUCUGCCAAUCCAAUCCCAGAGUCCUUUUUUGAUUUCGAUAAACACAAAGAGCAAUUAUCAAAGGAGCAAUUAAAAC